GCUAGAGGGGGCAGAACACGGGCCGGCACGGCACGGCCCGACUAAUAAUCGUGCCAUGGCGGGCCGGGCCGGCUUGUUUGGCCAGCUAUGCUUAGAGGGAUGAUCGCGGCGGCCAACAUGGUGGUGUUGUUUGGAGGUUGAGGGACGAGCGUACCGCCAAUUAGGGUUGGGUCGGGGAGUGCCGUGUGGAGGAAGAAUCUUAUAUAUAAAGUAUCUAAGAAGCUCAUCCCCACUAUUUUAUUUUAUCUUAGCAUGCAACCUGUCCACCUUAUCUCACUUUUCAUGACAUGCACACUCUCCAUAUCAUCAAGCGCCCAUGCAACCAUUUAACUUUUCACUUUUUACCACAUGCAAGCCAUCCACAUCAUCAAAGACAUCCAAACCCUCCACAUCAUUGAUUUUUAUUUUUAUUUUUCGGCAAUAAAUAAUUGAACUUGAAUUUCACAAGACAAUAUAACAUGCAUGCACCCUCCAUUUACCUCUAGGUUGGAUGUGGUGUGACACUAUUCUCAUAAUAUUCUAAUUUUAUUUUUGAUAAGUUCGUUGCUAAAAAAUUCCGCACCAACGUGCGGGAAGUUAUUUAGUAUGAACAGUGAUACAUACAGUUCAUUGGAUGAAGAUAUAACGAACCCAAAAUGUAACUUACAUUUGUUUCAAGGUACCUAAUAUUUAACAAAAAAAAAGCGAGCAAGGACCUUAGGUGGAAUUCUUAAGUUUGACUGCAUAAUUACAGUUGGAUAUCAAGUUUUAGCCAUCAAACGUGUUUUCCCUGCCAACCUCCCCAAACCAACCUUCCACCCAACAAACCCACAUCACACUGUACAAACCAUCCUAACACAUCACAAUGCAAUGCAACAACUUAAAGACACGCUUGCAGGGCAACCAUGCCCAAGCCGGCGAGACCCUUCCUUCCCCUGCUCAUCGUCCUCCUGCUGAUCGCCAGCCGCGUCGACAAUGCCGGCGCCGACGCCACGGCGUGGCAGCUGGAGCCUGCCCAGCCGACGUCACCGGCCGCGCUGGCCGGCGAGUGGCGGCUCCUGCACGCCAACAUCGGCGUCUCGGCCAUGCACAUGCAGCUGCUCCCGGAGGAUUUCGUCCUCAUGUUCGACCGCACCGACUCCGGCCCCUCCAACAUCUCUCUCCUCGACCCGGCUUCGUGCGCCGCGGCGGCCGCGGCCGCGCCGAACGCCACCGCCGCGCCCGUCGACUGCUCCGCGCACUCGGUGCUCCUCGACCUCCGUUCCAACGCGCUGCAUCCGUACCCGCUCGCCACCAACCCGUGGUGCUCGUCCGCCGCGCUGCUCCCCAACGGCACGCUCCUGCAGACCGGCGGCUUCUCGAACGGCGACCGCAUCGCGCGCCUGUUCUCCCCGACUUCCGGCUGGGUCGACCUCCCAGAUUUUCUGGCCGCGCGGCGAUGGUACGCCACUGACAUCCUCCUCGCCGACGGGCGGGUGCUCAUCCUCGGCGGCCGGCGGCAGUACAACUUCGAGUUCUUCCCGCACGACGGCGUCAACGGCCCGCCGCCGCUGACCUUCUUCCCGUUCUUGGACGAGACCACGGAGGUGGACGCCGAGAACAACCUCUACCCCUUCCUCCACCUCCUCCCCGACGGCACCGUCUUCGUCUUCGCCAACGACCGCGCCGUCGUCUUCGACCCCUACAACCGCACCCCGCUACGUCGCCUUCCCACGAUCCCUGGCGGAGUGCCGCGGAACUACCCGUCCUCUGGCUCGUCCGUCCUCCUCCCGCUGCGCCCAGAGUACCCGACGCACGCCGAGGUGCUCGUCUGCGGGGGCGCGCCGCGUGGGGCGUACCAGCUCGCGCUCCGGAACGGCACGUUCGUGCCGACUGAGCGCACAUGCGGCCGCAUCGCGCCGACGGACGCGAACCCGGUGUGGGCCAUGGAGGAGAUGCCCCUGCCACGGGUGAUGGGCGACAUGGUGCUGCUCCCGACCGGCGACGUGCUCAUCGUGAACGGCGCGGCGGCGGGGACGGCAGGGUGGGAGCUCGGGAGGGAGCCGGUGAUGUAUCCGGUGCUGUAUCGGCCGGACACGCAGAACGGCGCGCGGUUCGAGGUUCUGACCGCCUCCACCGUGCCGAGGAUGUACCACUCGUCGGCGACGCUGGACACCUACGGGCGGGUGCUCGUCGGCGGGAGCAACCCGCACAUCGGGUACGUGUUCGCCAACGUGACGUACCCGACGGAGCUGAGCCUGGAGGCGUUCCUGCCGCCAUACCUCGACACGCGGCUCGACGGCCUGCGGCCGCGGGUGCUGGGGGCGCCAGCGGAGGUCGGGUACGGGGAAGCGGCGACGGUGCGGUUCGAGGUGCCCGGCGGCGCGCUGGCGGGAGGGGGGCCCGAAGAUCAGGUGGUGCGCGUGGUGGCUGUGGCGCCGGCGUUCGCGACCCACUCGUUCGGGAUGAACCAGCGGGUGGUGGACCUGGCCGUGACGAGGGUGGCGCAGCUGGACGUCGGGGUGUACGAGGCGGAGGUGGCCACGCCGCCGUCGCCCGGCGUGGCGCCGCCGGGGUACUACCUGUGGUUCGUGGUGCACGCCGGCGUGCCCAGCAGCGCGGCGUGGGUGCGCACGCGGCCGCUCGGUGCAGCGCCAUGAUCACUGACACAGAUGAUAUCAAUGUGAAAGAUCAUUCUUUCUCGACAUCCCAUCAGCGGGAGAUGAGACGAGCUAGGGAAGGAAUCGUCAUUUUGCAUGUUAACGUAGGUCAGAAGAUGGUUUAAUUAGUUUGGAAAGUGACCAGAAUUUAUCAAAUUUUUAUGACUCGGCAGAUGAAAUCCGUUCACUUUC